AUGAGCGCCCAUGAGUCUUCCUCCAGUGGGACCGAGAGUGAUUCAUUGUUUGGAUAUAUGAGCAGUAGUGGAGGGAGUAAUACAAUUUUUCUUUCUCCACUUAGUGAAAAUGAAAGCAACGAUGCUGUUCUCUCGAGCGAAUCGAUUCCUGUAGUCAAGCAGCUUAUGAGAAGACUGAUAAAAACUUCUUCAUUACUGAAAACUACAAAGGAACACUUGGACAAUUAUCAAGGCAGCAGCGAUAGUGACCGUGAAUUGCUCAUGAAUGAGUCUGAGAAUUUGAGCAAAAUAUUAGACUUAUAUCAUUUUCUAUGGGGAAGGCUUUUGUUUGUCCUCCAUGAUGAGCACGGAAAAUCGUCUGAUUCAUAUUCAAAUUCACUUAAUUUACAAGACCGCAUUCCUUUCGAAUCAUUGACGCACACUAUUCAUCACAAUAGUGAAUUUUGCGAUAUUCUUGGCGAAAUCACGAGUCGCUCAUUAGAGCAACAAACCGAUAGUGACGAGGACUCUGUUGAUCUUCGCUGCGCAAUACUAAAAGAAUUUCAUCAAAAAAUGGCCCAAAUUCAGCUAAAUGCGGCCUUUUGUGCCCUAUUUGUAGUUGAAGGAUCCCGUGAGCACUAUUUAGACCCAGUAUCAAUGGAUGAUCUCUGUAAUUCUGUCAUAAAGGAAACAAAUCGAUGCAAGAGAUUAGUGCCUCUAUCGCUAAUGUUCAGUAUGUUUGACCAAAAUGUUCUAGCGAUUAAUGAUGCAUUGACAUACGGAACCUUGAGUAUUCUUCUACAGCGUUUCCGCCAUUUAGUUCAUCGUCUAUUUGGUCAAUUUCCUGAAAAAAAAGGAAAUGGAGAAUCUAGUCAUCAUGAAACUAGUUCAGUAAACCAACAAUAUAGCACAGUUGUGAUACGAAGUGAGGCGAAUUCGAGGAGGAGCUCAUACAGAGCGUCUCCAUCAGCGCCUCAAUCAUCCUUGCCCGAAGGUUUAGCUGCACCUAAUUCCACAAUUAAAACUGUCCGUAUGAAUAGGCUAGGUGACAAUGAAGCUGUACCAGAUUCCCCGCUUCCGGUCACCUCAUCCUUGAAUGGAACUUCUGCACUAGAUGAUCCACAUUUGAUGCACUCAGCCCAUGUUAAACGUAACAGGGAACGAGGUGACUCACCUUUGCUAAAAAAGUCAAGGUGGUUUGAGCUUGAGAAUAAUGUACUAUUGUCCUUAUCCUCAUGGCAUCCUAGCAUAGGUGAUAAAGUUUGUCGAGGACCUGGAUGGUGCUACAGUAAGCAGGGAGAUGGCUGCGAUUAUGGGGAAGUCGUUGCACUUACGGUGGAUAAUGAAGUAAUCGUUAGAUGGGUUACGAGCAUCGAUGCGUCUCAUGGGGAGUCUAGUCGUUUGUUUCGCUACAAAUAUUCCCCUCCUUUCCUAGAGGUUGUUCCUUGGAAUGACUACUUGCGAAUGAACACUAUGAAUAUUAACAACAACAUGCUCUAUCUUUCUGAAUUUAUGCUAACCUGUGCAGUUCUUGGAGUUUUGUGUCAGCAGCAUGAAACUGUGCUCCCUGCGCUGCAGUUUCAAACUAUAGAGUCUGCAAUGCAUGCUAUUGAUUCCAUGGAUUUGGCUGAAUCCCACAGAUUGCUUGAAAACGCAAUGGAGUCCCUGGAACAAGCUGAAAGUGUGCUUGCAAAUCAUAAUGGCAGUAUUACGAAGGAGAUAAAUUUCUCUGAAAUACUUUUAAAUUGGAGUACUGAUGUGCGCAACGCUAGGGAAAAUUACCGAGAACAAAGAGAAAUUGUGGCGAGAAUAGGUUGGGUUUUGAAUGCGCUUCUUUCGCAUAAAAAAUUGGCCUUAUUUUUCCUGGCUCGUGGAGGUCCUGCUCAAAUCUUGAGGAUUAUUAAUGGACCGUUAGAUAUGGCCACAGUAUAUGGGUGUUGUAUUGUUCUCGCACAAAUUUCCAAAACAUCUAUUUUUGAGGAAGUUCUUCGAAAUUAUGGAGAAUUCUUCCAUCCUGUAAUGACAUUUAUUAUUGAUCAAUGGAAAAACAGUCCCAGCACUGAUGUCCAGGAAAGUGCUGGUGCUUUUCUGCUUAAUUGUCUCAGCUUUUCGUGUGCUCUGGAAUUUUUUGACAACUUGGGUGGAGGAACCCUUUUGAUGGACACCCUCGAAAACUUUUUGAAAAUGUCUGAAGGGCGCUUUGAUGUCAUCUUCCCCGGACUCCAGCUUGUGGCUUUGAAGUGCCUUAACACGUAUCUUAUAGUACAUCUGAUGCUUUCAACAAAAGUUCUCUUUCGGAAGCAUCGUGUUCUCUCCUCUAUGAUCACUAAAGUUUCUCCUCAGACAGCCCUUCCUCGAGAUUCAGGAAUUAUUGAUUCAAUUUUGUUCUUUUUUUCUUCCCCGACACCAGCUCUGCCCGAUGUGUCGGUUGAAAACGUGCUGAGUUUAUUGGUACCUGAUCAUCUUCCUGCUCUGAAAAGGACUGUAGAUGAAGGUGUGCACAGUAUCUUGCUGCGCUGUAUUAAUUUUUAUCUUAUCCAAAGUGCAUGGGAGCCUCUUGCUGUUGCACUUCGGGCAUUGCGUGUUUUGACAGUUGUACCUUUUGUGAGGCCAUUGGUUAUUGAACCACAUGCAAAUGAAUCUGGAAUAAGUGAGCUGCUGCUAAUAGUCAAAGAAUUGCAUGUUUCAUCCCACGAUCGAAAUUCCACUCGUGAGUACCACCUGCUUCCGUGCACAGUUUCAGCGCUCCAGAUUUUAAUCCAUUUGCUCACGCCACCAAUAGAUGGAGCUGACAAGAGUGCCUUAACUGUCUUCAACAACGUAUGCAGUGACUUUCGUGCGUACAACGGGGUUCGUACUCUUUUCGAGAUUCUAAAGAUCCAAAAAGAGUAUACGUUUUCGGCGAAACUAAACUUCUUCCCUGUAGUGGCGCGAGUAGUUCAGCUGAUGGUAGUGCUCCGUCGCUAUGGGGAUACCAGCCUCCUGCUGGAGUCUCUUGGAGUGCACCGUGAAGCACAGGACCUGCUUCAAGGAUAUGCAAGCGUGCAGCGCGAGUACAUGGCCAUGAUGAGUUCACGAAAGCUUUUGGGGACUGAAUGCGAUCCUGCGGGAAGAUUCAUGGAAAAUGUGAAAGUUCUGAUGUCCACGGCGUAUGGGGAGCUGAACCAUUCUGAAAUCGCAAAGGUACACCAUGCUGACCCGCUUGAGAUGGAGCAACGUAAUAUUAUUAUUUCGCGUGCUACCAUUGACUAUUCUCGAGAGUCUCUACUUACCCUGAUAGCAAAUCAUUUACACUCGGAGGGCUGCGUUGAAUCGGCUCAACUUCUUAGGUCGGAGGCAAAGCUAUCGUCAAUGACACCUCCCUCUGGGGAUUCAAAAAGUGCAGCUUGCGAUAUAACCUUAGAUAACAUAAUACGAACAUAUCUCCGACAGCGACAAAAAGAAUGUCCGAAUCCAAUAGAAACCCUUCCCCAGUUUGAUUUAACGAAGAAACACGUUUAUGUGCCUUUGCCACCACCAGUAGAUGAAUCUCGAAACGUGGUGAACCGCUUACUGGAUCGAAAGCUGGGAAUCACUCAAUCCCCACGCACGAAUAUCUAUAGCAACUGUCUCACCUACCGAUGCCCUGCUUUUAUAUUUAACAUCGCAUUUGGGGAUGAAAUUCUUCAAGGGGAAAGUGUUUGCUUCUGUGAUAGGGGCGACACGCUCAUGAUCGGAACGUCGGAGGGGGGGAUUGCCCUCUUUGAUACCUUUCCCGGGGAGGAAAACCGCGAGAGGCACCCCGAGCAGCACGUCUUAUUCGAGAACAACGGUGUGGCCUCGCUCGAGGUAUCUGAUGAUGGGUUCUUGGUAGCUGCGGUGAGCAAGUCUUACAAGGCAAAGGUGAUGGCGCGCGCGACGCUGCCGUCAGCGAUGCAGGAGCUGGAGGACUGCUGCGCGCUGCGCUUCUCGCGCGACGGCAGGCUCCUCCUCGCGACCUCCGCGCAGGAGCAGGCAUGCCGGCUCUACGACCUUGAAACGCGAGCGGAGAUCCAAAGCUUCGUCGAUCGUAACUGGGCAGGCGAGCACCUCCACCCCGCGGCCGUUUUCGACCCAGAUGCCUCGCUCAUUCUCCACGACGCGGUGCUGUGGGAUCGGCGCUGCGGCAGGAAACCCCUGUUUAGGUUCGACCGCAUCACCGAAUCGUCGGCGAGCACAUUUCACCCGUCGAAUCGGAUGGUGCUCAUUGAUGAGAAGGUGUGGGAUCUUCGCUCGUUUCGAAUGAUACAAACUGUGCCCGCGUUUCGAAAAACAAGUAGCUUCCACAUUAACCAGUUAGGGAAGGUUAUCUAUAGUUUUCGCCAGGCCACUUCUCGGUCCUACGAAUCCACGUCGAUUGUCUCGGCUGUGGAUUCGUACUCCUUUGAGGUUAUCUUUUCCGAAGAAACCAACCCACCCUUCAAGGCGUUUGUGCUGGAUCCUUCGGACCGGUACUGCGCGGCAAUUUUGGCUGAAGAUCAGCAAUCGGUUGCGAUGGUUUUCUCAACGUCAUCUGGACCUUAUCCAUCUUUAACAGGAUUUACCUCUCCGAGAUUUCAACAGCAAAAGUCAGAAAGUGAUUUUGAUGCUGAGGAGUCAAGUGAGCUAUCAUCUAGCUACAGUAAUUAUGAGGUCUACGAUGAUGAGGAUGACAAUGAAGAAACUAACGCUACUUAUACUGAGGAUGAUGUACAAGAGGAGGGCUCGGAGCGGGAAGACGAAUGGGAUACAUCAGACUCUGAGGUGCAUUCUGCAUUGAAUCGUGAAGAGGGAGUAACAUCUGAGGCGGAUUUCUCUACCGCAAACUCUGAACAAUCCACUUAG